AUGACAGGACAACUUACUGAAGACACCUCAGAGUCUCCAAACCUGAACUCUGAUGAACUUGAAUGUAAGAUAUGUUAUAACCGCUACAAUUUAAGACAAAGAAAGCCAAAAGUCCUGGGGUGUUGUCACAGAGUAUGUGCCAAAUGCCUUUACAAACUUGUGGACCCAGUAGAAUCCCCACAGUGUGUCAUUGUUUGCCCAUUCUGUAGAUUUGAGACACGCUUGCCAGAGGAUGAGGUCAGUAGCCUUCCUGAUGAUAAUAAUAUCUUGCUAAACUUGACAUGUGGUGGAAGAGGAAAGUGCUCAACAGACAAUCCUACAGAACUGCUGCUAACCCCUAAACGUCUGUCAACUCUAGUCACCCCAUCCCACAGUUCAACCAACUGCCUUGUCAUAACAAUCAUGGAGGUUCAGAGAGAGAGUUCUCCUGUGCUUAAUGCAACACCUGUUGUGGAAUUCUACAGACCUUCUAAUUAUGAUCCAGUCUCAAUGCCUCAAAAUUGGACAGUGUGGAACUGCACAUCUCUGAUCUGCCAAACCUCCGUGCGUGUCUUUGUGUGGUUGCUAGGAUUGCUUUACUUCAGCUCAUUGCCUUUAGGGAUCUAUUUGUUAGUAUCAAAAAAGGUAACCCUUGGGGUUGUCUUUGUCAGUCUUGUUCCCUCUAGCCUUGUUAUACUCAUGGUAUAUGGUUUUUGUCAGUGUGUUUGUCAUGAAUUUUUAGACUGUAUGUCCACAUCCUAA